GCACAAAAUUUGAAAAGUGCUUUUUAUUCAAAGUUUUUUGUUUUGUUCUUAAUUUUAUUUUAUUUUAAUCAAAUUGAGGAAUUUAACAAAGUUUCAAAUAUUUCCAAUAGUUAGAUAACAUCACAGUGCUUUAAAUUUCAACAAAAGUUACAAGCAAAACAGAGAAUUAGCCUUCUAAAAAAGAAUCAACAAGUGGCUAAGUCAGUUUUCUCUUCUUACUCAAUAAGUUUUUCGUUUUCUCGCUCACAAAGCCGAAAUGAAAAACACUUUUCUUCUCAUCUCAUCAACAUACUAAAUUUACAAUCAUUCCUUCAUCAGCUACAAAUGAGCGAAAUUCUCUGAAGUGGCCAAUUACACAAAAUCAAGCAUAGCCGCCUGUAACAUUGUAAAGAAGAAAAAAGUUGCCUUAAAUCAUCACCAAUAUGAUCUAAUCUUCCAGCGAUACACAUACACGCAAAUAAAAUUUUUAUACUAGGUGCUCAAAUAAGAAAUGUCAAAAAUUGCUGUGUUGUGUUGUUGUUUACACGGUGAAAAGAAUGUGAAAUAUUUUCCAUAAAGAAAUUAAUAAUUGUGAUACAAAAGACAGAAAAAAAGAGUGAAAACGAAAAGAAACAAAGAGAGUUCUUUGAAAGUUAAAGUUUUUUUAGUAGUAUUCAUCAGUUAAAAAAUGUCUAAACACGACAGAACAAAGUCGGGCGGAUUCUUAGAUACACUUUUCACCCGCUCGGCAAAACGAGGCCAUAGAAAUAACUACAGUGCAAAUGGAACGCGACCAGUGUCUACCAAUGAGAAUGACAACAUUGACAUGCAAGACAUCGAAAUUCUCGUGCUCAGACUUACUGUCGAAGAAGUUAAUCAGCGUUUUCUUGAGAUACUCGAGGACAUGAACAUACCAAAAGACAAACGCGAUCCGCUUAUGAGAAAAAAUCUUGAUGAGAAACGAGAUAUGUUGAGGAUGCAUCUAAAAGGCAAGGCACAAUCUGAACAUCGAUCAAAUUCACGGUUUGAAAAACCACGCGAUUAUAUCGAUUACCUGAAAGAAGCUGAUCGUAGUCCAACAAAAAUCUAUCAAUGUGUUGAGAGUUUACGUGUUGCAUUAACAAGUAAUCCAAUUAGUUGGAUAAAAGAGUUUGGUGAGGCGGGAAUCGAUGAAAUUGUAAAUUUACUACGCGAGAGUAAAAGACGACGUGAAUACGAGAAAAUCGAAUACGAGUGCAUCAGAUGUUUGAAGGCUGUUGUUAAUAACACUUGGGGAUUGAAUGUUAUUCUACGCCCUGACCAACAUGCCGCCGUAUUACUUCUCGCACAAUGUCUCGAUCCGAAUAAACCGCAAACAAUGUGCGAAGCUGUUAAACUUCUCGCAGGGUUUUGUCUCAUUCAAGAACGAAAUGGUUACGAUAAAGUCCUUCGUGCUGUUACAAAUGCCGCAGCAACACCUGACAAAAGUGGUGAAAGAUUCAAGACGAUUGUUGAGGCACUUUUUGUCGAGCAUGAAAUGGAAGAAAAAGGCCAUCGAAAGACGGAAACAAAAGGCGAAUUGUGUUAUCAUACUUUGAUCUUCAUCAACACGCUUACAAACACACCAACAGACUUGAACUUUCGUUUGCAUUUAAGAUGUGAAAUGAUGCGUUCAGGGUUGUAUGAUCGAUUGGAAUUGUUAGCGAAAAUUGUCCAACAAGCGCAAGAUCAAAGAUUGGAGAACCAUUUCAAGAUUUUUAAUUCAUUUCGAGAAGAAGAUUUUGAAGAGUUCAGUUCACGUUUCGAUCAUGUUCGAUUGGAAAUUGACGAUGUUAAUGACUGCUUUGAAUUGCUUAAGAAUCUUGUUGUUGACACAUCAGCUGAGCCGUAUUUCUUAUCAAUCCUCCAGCACAUGUUAUUUAUUCGCGACGAUCACGUUUAUCGACCUGCUUACUAUAAAUUAAUUGAAGAAUGCGUCAGUCAAAUUGUCUUACAUAAAAGUGGCGUCGAUCCAAACUUUAAGUCAAGAGACUUUCAUAUUGACACAAGCGUUCUUCUUGAUGAUUUGGUGGAGAGAAAUAAAGCAAUGGAAACGAAGCGAGUUGAAGAGUAUGAGAAGAAAUUGGAGGAACUUCAAAUGGCAAGACAAGAAGCAGAAGCUGAAGCUGCGCACUUAAAAGAAAAACUGAAAGAAAUUGAAGCGACUGGUGUUGUCGUAAAGACCAAUAAACUCCCACAAAUUACCAUUCCACCACCUCCAUUAAUGCCAGGCAUGACAAGGCCACUAGGAUCAGGAAGUGCACCAGUUGGUAAUGCACCACCACCACCUCCAAUGCCAGGAAUGAUGGGAGCACCAAGACCACCUCCAAUGCCUGGUGCAGGGCCACCACCACCACCAAUGCCAGGAAUGGGUCCAAUGCCUCCACCAAUGAUGCCAGGAGGAAUGAUGCCACCGCCAGCUCCAAAAUUGCCUGAACCAUUGCCUCAUGGCCUGAAACCCAAAAAGAAAUGGGACGUCGAUGGUCCCAUGAAGCGUGCCAAUUGGAAAGCAAUCAUUCCACAUAAGAUGAGUGAAAAAUCCUUUUGGGUACGUGUACAUGAAGAUAAACUUGCAUCUGAUGACAUUUUAACGGGAUUAGCUUCGAAAUUCUCAUCGAAACCUGUCAAACGCAUAGCUGAGAAAGAUUUACCAGAUCGACCAACAACUACAAAGAAAUCUGUUGUGGAUUUGAGAGUUCUAGAUGGAAAAGCAGCUCAAAACUUGUCAAUUUUGCUUGGUGGAUCGUUGAAGCAUUUGUCAUAUGAUCAAAUAAAAGUUUAUUUGCUUCGAUGUGAUAUGUCAAUGUUAAAUGCGAGUAUUUUACAACAACUGAUUCAAUAUUUACCUCCACCAGAUCAGUUAAAGAAGCUUCAAGAGUUGAAAGCAAGUGGAGAAGAAUUAUCAGGUGCUGAGAAGUUUGCUGCAACAAUUGCUGAUGUAAAACGUCUUGGAGCUCGUCUACAAAGUUUAAGUUUCCGUUUAAAUUUUCCUGAUCUUGUGAGUGAUGUGAAGCCUGAUAUUGUAUCAGCAACAGCGGCAUGUGAAGAGAUGAAAACAAGUAGAAAGUUUGCUAAAAUUUUGGAACUUAUUUUGCUGCUUGGAAAUUACAUGAACACCGGAUCGAAGAAUGAAGCUGCAUUUGGAUUUGAAAUUAGCUUUCUUCCAAAACUCACAAACACAAAAGAUUUUGAAAAUAAGCAAACGUUGCUUCAUUACAUCGCUGAAGUUGUUGAGGCGAAAUUCCCAGAAUGUUUGACCUUUUACGAAGACUUAUCUCACGUUGAUAAAGCGUCUCGUGUCAGUCUCGACAAUAUUCAGAAAACAAUGCGGCAAAUGAAUGCGUCGUUGAAGAAUCUUGAAUCGGACUUAAAUAACAAUAAAAUUCCACAGUCGCCUGAUGAUAAAUUUAUUGAGGUGAUGGGAAAAUUUUCAACUGAAUGUCGACAACAAGUUGAAGUUCUUGGACGGAUGCAAGUUCAAAUGGAGAAUCUGUACAAAGAUCUCGCAGAAUAUUACGCUUUUGAUCAAAACAAAUACACGCUUGAAGAGUUCUUCACGGACAUUAAAACAUUUAAAGAUGCAUUCGUGCAAGCUCAUCAAGAUAAUUUGAAAAUUCGUGAGAAUGAAGAGAAAGCGAGACGAGCACGAGAAUCACGAGAACAGCAACAGAAAGAUUUGCAAGAAAGAAAUCAAAGAAAAUUGGCAUUGGUCGAUAUCGAUGCUGCUCAAACGCAAGAAGGUGUCAUGGACAGUCUUCUAGAAGCACUUCAGACAGGGUCAGCAUUUGGAAAUCGCGAUCAGCGACGGAAAAGAGGCGCAAGACCAACUGGCGCUGAUCGAAGAGCUCAAUUAUCUAGAAGUCGAUCUAGAACAGGAAUAACUGCAGCGAGCUUCUCAAGUCGAGAGAUGCUUGCUAAUGAGCUUUUAGCUGCGUAAUUUCCUUCUUUCUUUUUUGUUGUCAAUUUUUUUUGUACAGAAUUUAAAAACAUUUAACAUUGAACUUAAUUAAAGAAUUUCGGACUUAUGACAAAAGCAUUUCAAAUUAACAACAAUCUAGUUACUUAGUUGUGUAAAUAAAUAACAAACAAGCAAAAAGGAAAAAAAAGUGAAAGUAAUUUGAUAUAAAAGAAAAAAGACAACAACAAUAGACUUAAUUAAUCUUUAUAGGAAUGUUAAAGUUGCUGAAAGUAUUGGUCGACCUUCGAAUGUGAAAAAUUUGUUAGUUUUGGACUUUUAAAGUGAAUAUUGAAACGUUCAAGCUGUUUGAUGUAAUAUAGUAUAAGUAAAUAAACGGUUGUUGUUGGAGAUGAAGAUGAGAAUGAUGGAAGAAAUUCUUCUUGUUGCAUUUUUUUUUUAAAUUUAAUUUACAAAAAUAUUUCAAGUCAACGAAUUAAUUAAAUAAAGUUUAAAAAAAAUAUUUUGUUAGCAAAGUCCUCAAUAAUUUAAGUCAAUCAAUAAAAUUAUUAUUCAAAAACAA